AUGGAGAAGGUCCUCUCCUUUCUGAGUAGCGCUACAGAACCCUGGCUGAGCUUUGGACGUUUAUCCUCAGCCUUCGUAGACAUUUACCCCAAGUGCAUCUUUCUGAGUGCAGUAGGGGUGCUUCUUUUGUACCUGAGGUACCCGAUACUGAAACCAUUCCUACCCACAUGGAGCAACCAAGACACCGGAAAGAAGUACUCACAGCCAGCCCAGGAGGGGUCCGGGGAGGAUUGUGGGAGGAGUCCUGGGGGCGGGUUUCAGAACCACAGCUCCUGCCUCCUGGUGUCAUUGUCCAUACUUAACCCCUGCGGCUCAGACACCACUCAGGAAGCCAAGACUGAGCAAUUUAGAGUCUUCCACAGAGAAGUGCAGGAGAGGAGGAAGCUGCUGUCUGUUAUGCAAAGCCCUUUUGGACAGCUGUACGACGCCUCCCACUUUCGACAAGUGCUUUGCCCGGAUCCCUGCUGCGAUGUGUGCAACGGAGCAACGGCUAAGGUCAGUCGUCUGCUCUUGCGGGCCACCCUGGAAGAAGGUGCUGUGUCUGCAUCCAGCGUGGUUUCCACGGCUUCUGCGACUGAGACCUCAUUUACUCUGUCCCCUCCCCUCUCACCAAGCCCUCCAGGAUGUCAGAUUUCAUCUCCUUCACCUUUUCCUCCUCUCUCUCCUUCCCCUUCCCCUUCUCUCCCUCCCCCUCCCCCUCCUCCUCCUCCCUCCAUUGUCUCAACUAACGAGGUCACCCCCUUGGAAGACACACUUUUGUGUACACCGCAAGGCGACUCCCUGCCAUCAGAGCCUGUCCUCGAAAGCACUGGCUUCCCACUGGACCACAUUCCACCUCACCCACCUCCCACAGUUCCUUCUGAGGCAGAGCCCACGGCUCCUCAAACGGAAGGGUCUUCACAGCUGGCAACCAUCCCAUCCAUGGUGGACAGCCUGAGUGCGCAGUUCGUCAAUGCCAGAACACACAAGGAAGCUCGUGGUGACGUAUCAGGGCUCUCCACGCCACAGUCGGGAUGCGUCGUUAACCCCCACUCUUCUGAAGCUUUUUUGGGGGGGGCAACCACAGUCUAUUUCACAGUGCCUGGAAAACCCUCUUUUCCCAGUCCCCAAGUCCUGGAACCAUUUGAGAGACAAGGCAAAGGUCAGGCUGACUUCCUCACACUGGAGGAUGGGAAAGGAAACGCAGAAUCUUUCCAAAGAUUACUGACAGCUUGGGAGGGAAUCCCCAAGUCCAAGUUGCAGGACUCAGGAGGCUCCCUUCCUCUGGAGGACAUCAAAGGCAGGGUCGGUGAGCUGGUUGAGCACCAGGGGCUUGGUCAGGCUCAAGUAUCUGAAGACCAGUCAGAACCCAAACUGAUACAGCACUUCUGGGGUCUCCCGUAUCUCCACAGCGAGUCCAUGCACACCAUCACCACACUGUCCACCCACUGUUCCUCAGCAUGCAUCUGGUUCAACAGAGUCCCAGACUCCUCACUCCUGACUUGCCCCAGACCUCUGUCCUUGCCCGAGAGUCAAUCUCAGAGUUUUCUGCUUGCCACGUCCCAGAACCAGCUUCAACCUCCGAUCCCGGUGCCACCAUCUUCCCCUCAGUCCCCGCUCAGGAUCUGUGGGGUGUAUUUUCAUAGACCCAAAGACGAGACAAGAGCUCUACUGCAACCUAAAGUGCACCCCGCAGACUGCAGCGCCCUAACAAAGGAACCAGAGAGGGUGUGGGGUUUACCCUCGACGGUCCAAAAUUCUCAGGAAAAGUUUUGCCUCCCACCUUCCAAACCCUCAUUUGUCAGGCAGUCCCCUAAGACCCACACUCCCAAGUCGGUUCCUCCUGGAAACUUCCCCUUGACUGAUGCGUUCCGGAAGAAACUCGAGUACCACCUUCGAAAGAGGCUCAUCCUGCAGCACCAGGGCCUGUCCCACAGGGUCUUCAAGUCUCAGCCGUGGGUGAGUCCUGACCUUGCAGAGUCACCUAUGGGCGACUGUAGGCUCUCAGGGGUCUCUGUCUUUCAGCACCAGGACAGCAAAGACCCACACGACUCUGUGUCGAACCAACCUGGAAGCUCCCAGGAGAGGUGCCCAGAGAGAGUCUCUCUAGAGGGAACAGUUGCACAGACGCUGGAACAGAGCUCGGAGACCGUCCACAGACAUCUGCGGGGUAACUCUGAGGGCGCUGUAGAUAACGGCCUGCAGUCUGACUGUGAGACAAACCCACAGGGCCGCCCAGGCAGUCUGUCAGGCAAACCUUCAGGGAGCUCGCAGGUGAGCCAAUGUCAGAAAAAACUUGAAACUGUCCUGAAAAAGCGUUUGAUCAGGCAUCUCAAAGAAACCAGGGAGGGCCAGCUAUCUGGCGCUAUGCCCAGAUCAGGGCAUUGUCCUCUCCCUUCUACCUCAUGCAUGGGCAAGAAAGAACAUGAGGCUUCUGAUAACAAGGAUGGACAUGUCAUGAGCAAGUAUAAAAUGCUGCAACGGACACCCAUUAUCUUAGACAACACCAGCCAGGAAGAGUCAGAGAGCAAUAAACACAGCCCAGAUGUGCCCAGAAUAUCCAAUGAGCCUGACCCUGUGCCAUGGAGUAAGAGACUGUAUUUCAGCAAAACAGUCCGGGGGACUCAAGACUCAAAGGUGAAUGACACAAACAUAUUUGUAUCCAACAAGGUCAGUAAUACAGUCAAAGGAGGGCAGCUCAGUGGUCUUCAACCACAACCUACCAAGAUCAUGAAUACCAGCCGGUGCAAGAGUACCCAAGGGGCAGAUGGGAAUAUAACAAAAGUACAAAGUACUCUGGUAGCUGGAAGGGCCCUGAAAGAAACAUCAGGUCCCCAGGAAAGUCAGAUAUAUGACUGUAAUAGUCAGGUAUCCAGGGAACAGAAAUUAAAGUCAGAAAGUAGGCUGCCCAUCCAAGUUCUAAGGCACCCAAAUGACAAGCUCCCUGCCUCAGAUGAAUUCUCUUAUAAACCUUUCCCCGUGCAUGACCAGAGCCCUUCGAGGGGCUCCAUGAAUGCUUCUCAGGGACUGCGACAGGAGACCUGGAUGGCUCCUCAUGUCUUAGACCACAACAAGGACAUCCCUCCACCUGCCAAGAAAAUACGGCCUCCACCAUGGAAAACGGAAGAGCUUUGGGCAGGGGUUGCAACGUCUGGGACAUCAUUACAGGCCAACGGGAAGAGCCGCCAAGCACAGGACGCUCCAAUCCAGGGGAAUCAUGGGGAGAAGGCCAUCCAACCCCUGCCAGCGAAGGCACAGAGCCCCCCUGAACACCAGUUCAGAAAGCACUUCAAACAACUUCUGCAACGGCUUUCGCCUGACAGGAAAUGCAAAGGGCCGGAAAUGUUGCUAAGAAAAGGCUCUCCCCCAUCCCCAGUGCAGGACCCAGAGCUACUUAAGGGGAGAGUUAUCUUUCCUGGGAACACCAUAGCUCAGAAACCCAUGAGAGACCCCAGAAAGGUCUCCAGGGAACAACUGGGGCAUAGGUAUGGUGCAGCAGAUACCACACGCCCCCGUGUGCCCUUAUCUCCCCCUACCAAGCCUGUGAAAACUAAGCCAAAGAAAGAGAGUCGGGUCUCAGCACAGCCGGUCCAGGCGCGAUCGCUCUACCACCAAGUAGCCUACCCUAAAGUGCCAAGUCCCAGCUCCUACAGCCGGUCCACCACUUUUGUUGGUCAAAGGAGACAGGGGGAAGACAGGGACAGGCAGCCCCACAAAGGUGUGGUCUCACAGCCUGGCCCACCUGCAUCCUGUGUAGGGCCGGAGGUGCACCGAAGCCUCCUCUCGAGAUUUGGGCAGGUUCCUCGGGCAGUACCAUCCUUGGCUGUUGGGACUGUGUUGACAGACUUGUCCCGACUAUGUGAACAGAAAAUUCUGACUCAGAAUUGCAGUGGAAAAAGUUUUCUUCCCCAGAAAUAA